UCCUCGAUUUACGACGGUCUCCACAUAAGUCUAUCUGUGUGUGUGUGUGUGUGUGUGUGUGUGUGUGUGUGCGUGUGUUCAGGGCGAGGAUUCCCGUUCGGCCCAUAUUUGGAUUUCCGGCUGCGGGGCCACCGAGGCGUCACGACUUCGCCUCCAAAUGAAAGCCAAUCAGAGAUGAGGCGGACGUGACGUCACGGAGCCGGCGAAGUGGCCUUUCCGAAUCUUAACGGAAGAAGGCGGACGUGACAAACUGUCGGCGCCCGAGUACGUUUCGCUUUUCCAGUCAAACGUUUGCACUUCCGAAGUUGCCCACACUUGGAUCGUGCGUGUUUGUGUGUUAGGUGGAGGGUGGGACGCUUCCUCUCCAACCUCAAUUUUCCCGACGCCCCCCCUUUCCCCCUCCUCGCCCCAUUCCUCAUUCAACACCUUGACUGGCUUUCUUAGCCCCCUCUCGGCUUCCAUAGUGCCGCCAGGCUCUGCUCCCCCGAACUGCACUUCCGCAUCAUGCCGGACACACACCUGACGGCCGUUUCGUUUGCCUGCCAGGUGCUUCCACUCUGAGAGCUUCCUUGGGAGCGGAGGCCAUGCCCCCCGCGCCCUUCCAAGAGGAGGAGGAAGAGAAGAAGAAGUAGAAGAAGGCGAGAAGAGAGGACGCGAGGAGGGAGCCGCGCAUGAUGUUCGAUGAGGCCGCGAUGGGCGACGGGAGCCCCCGCCGCGGCGGAGCCAAGCCGCUGUGCCGCUCGCCGCUGGACGGCUCGUCCGACGCCCCCGGCACGUCGUCGUCCCCGCCCGACGACGCCCACGACAAACUUUUGGGAGGGGACCCCGACUACUGCCGGCGGAUCCUGGUCAGGGACGCCAAAGGCACCAUCCGCGAGAUCGUGCUGCCCAAAGGUCUGGACCUGGACCGGCCCAAGCGCACGCGGACCUCCUUCACGGCCGAGCAGCUUUACCGGCUGGAGGUGGAGUUCCAGCGCUGCCAGUACGUGGUGGGCCGCGAGCGUACCGAGCUCGCGCGACAGCUCAACCUGUCCGAGACGCAGGUGAAGGUGUGGUUCCAGAAUCGUCGCACCAAACAGAAGAAGGACACCAGCAAGGAUUCGGACAAGCGCACGUCGUCGUCGUCGUCGUCGUCUUCCGAGUCUUUGGCCACCUGCAACAUCCUGCGUCUCCUGGAGCAGGGGCGGCUGCUGUCGGGCCCCGCGCCGCCCGCCCCGGAGACCGCGCGCCCGUGCGCCGUUGCCGGAUCCGAUCCGGGAGGGCUGGUGUGCAAGAAACUGUGA